UCCUUCAUAUACUUUGCGAAACCUGAUAACUAUUUAAGCAGAUUAUGUUUAUCGAUUGGCAUCAUUCAAAAGAUAUCCGGUGCGGAAAGACAACUUAAAGAACUUAACCACAAUAUCAACGCGCUAACCGUAUUUACCUACAUAUUUUUUCUACCGUUUCAAAAUAUACUUUCUUUGAAAAAAUGGCAAAAGUUGCGUCAACUAUAUUUUCGGUUUUUUCGUUCAGUGCUCCGAGACCAGUGCGAGUUCAAUUUGCUGAUUCUUCAGGCUUGACGGUAUCUGGAUUACCAGGAGAAAGAGUUAUAACUUUAGAGGAAGUUUCAAGGCAUGAUACUGAUAAGGAUUGUUGGGUUGUAAUAUACGACAGGGUUUAUGACAUUACGGAAUUCUUAGACGAGCAUCCCGGAGGUAGCGAGGUUUUACUGGAAUAUGCAGGAAGAGAAGCAAGCGCAGCGUUUAGAGGAUCCGGACACAGCAAUGUAGCAAUAAAACUUCUCAACAAGUACUGCAUUGGAGAACUACCGAUAGACGAAAGAAUUUUCCGAAAACCAGGCGGGUUAAUGCUGAGUAAUAUACCAGAGUAAAACGGAGCUAGAUAAAUCUGUAUAAGUAUUAGGUAUCAGGAAAAUAAGACCAAAUGGAGUCAAGUAGAGGGCAUAGUCAUUGGUGGAUGGUUAGAAGGCAAGUUUUAUAUACAUUUCUUAAAAAUAUUCAAUUGGUUAAUAUCAACAUACUCUUUAAUAGUUAGAAAGUAACUUUUAUUGUAUAAAGCACUAAUCACCCAUUUCAUAGCUUCAAAUUUUGUGAUAGAAUGCAAAUAUAUCUUCAUUGAGGUCGAAUAGACCUAAUAUGAUAUCGACAAACUUUUAUUGUCAUAUUUCUUCCGUUAAAAUCUUGAACAUAGUUGUUUUAUAUUUGAAUCAGUAUAUAAUUAAUUUAUAUUUAUUAUUUUUUGGUUGUGAGACAUAUUUAUAUAUUGUUAUUGCUAAUUUAUUUUGUUUUAUUGUUAAGUUACUGUUUAUUAUUUAUUAUACAUACGUUAUUCGUCAAUAUAAACGGUAAGUAGGCACCUACCGAAAUAUCGGGCGCUGUGAAUUGUUCACUUAACCCAUUCGCGGACACGACUGCAUAUGCAGACACUUACAAAGGGAAAUUACUGUCUGCAUAUGCAGUCGUGUAGGUGAAUGGGUUAAGUUACAUUUAUAUUAUUUAACUUACUGUGAUCGCUCUCUAAGCGGUUAUAGCGGUGCAAAUUAUAGAAUUAUCUCAUCUUCCUAGCUCCAGCAUCCGAUUGGCUUGCAUUUUUAGAAGCCACGAAGGUGUAACCAAAAAAUGGUCCCAAUAAAGUUUUUAAUUUAAUAUUAUUUUAUAUUUUAUUAAGUUGAAAACUUUGACUUGUUUCUAGCAGAUGUAGCUAUGACACCCAGGCUAUUUCGUUAGUUGCAAUGCGAGGCUAGUCAUCUGGAUUAUUUCAGUUUGGUUUAGAGAUAGUAACAUACGCAUUCUCUGCUGAAAAACUAACGAGUUUUGAAACCGUUCGGUAAGGGUGCUUGUUGCGCUUUCUAAACGAACUGAAAUAUAAGAUGGCUUUGGAUUCGUAUUGCAACGAGAUGAAAAUGGUUAUUCAUUUUUAUUUUUUAUUAAUUAAAAAAUAGUUUGUAAUUAAUAUGUACCUAGGUUGCGGUUUAUUUUGGCGAAUACGGUGGAACAAUUAAAAGGGAAAAUUUAAGGAAAUAUUUCCAGCAAUUAUUAUUUCUUUAAUUUAAUUAAAUAAUUUAAAAUUUAAGAUUUCAUACUGAUAAGAUGUUUAUUAUUAGUAAAAUCAUUUCUACCUCAUUUUUAAUGUUAUUCACGCAAUAUUUUCAAAUCUCACAAAAAAGUAUUUUUUGUACAAUAGUUUUCGUUUCCAUUAAAAAGUAUAAAUAUGCACGAUGCAUGAAUAUUUCAUUAAUGCACACUUUUAAUUUGCUUGUAGUAUAUUAUGUACACAAAUUGUUAUGCUCAGGUAAAUACUGUAUUAUUAGUUUAAUAUGAUAGAUUGAUACAGCCUGCAUCAAAUUAUGAACGAAGAACCAAAUCAAAUAUAUGGUAUAAGGGACAAAGAAAUUCCACAUGGAAAUGGAUUUCUUGUAGUUGGUAUAUCUACCAUAAAUCACAAAAAUGUUUGAUAAAAGGCAUACUUAUUAAAAAGGCCCUUUAGGACUACAUCACACAACGUUUUCGGAAUGACAAUUCCAUCAUCAGUGUAGUAUUGUAACUAAUAUUAUGUGAUGUUUGACCUUUUACUUGAUUUUAAAUCAGGGGAACUCGGUAUUCCCAACCAUGGGGGUUGCUGGCCCUGAGGGAACCUCUCUAAAUGGAUUCUAGAUGGCAACUGAUUCUGUUGCUAUACUUUUGUUGCUUGUCCGUUUAGGGAGAUUUUCCUCAAGGUUAGCAACCCACACAGGAGGGAGUACUGGAUUGCCAUGAUGUAAAAUCAAGUAUAAGUUCAAAGAUAUCAUAAUAUUAUUUACAACAAUGUAACAUUAUAAUAUUUUUACAGGAAUUAAAGGAUUUUCGCCCAGAUAUUUUUAGUGGCUCAACGAUGUUGAUACUUAUACCUUCCAUCACUCUAUUUCCAUUUGGCGUUUUCUGCGUAUUGCACAUCGAAGGUUGAAAGGUAAAAGGUUGUAACCCACAAAUCAACUUUUUUCAAGACUACUUACAAUCUACUUUUUUAAGUAAUUUCAUGAGCAAUUAACCCAAUAAUUUUUUUCAUUAAUUUAUACAUCAAUUAUUGAUCUACACAUUGGUGGAAAAAAUAUUAGGUUAAUUCCUCAUAAAAUUACUUAAAUGGAACGUUUUUCAUUGAAAAAAGUUGAUUUGUGGGUUACAAUAUUUUACCUUUAAACCGUCGAAUGCUAUCUAAAAAGAUGAAAUUUUUGUUCGUAAUUUGCAGUAAUCUAUAUCAAUUUUUUUUUAUAAAGUACACCCUAUUUGGAUAUCCAAUAUGGAUGCUGGAAAUAUUAUAUUUUCCUAAUAAUCAUUUUCAGUAUUACAAUUUUUAAAUAUGUACUGAUUGUGUAAAAAGUAUUUUUGUUUUAAUUUAUUUUAGCAGCAAUUAGAACAAACGUAAAAUAUGAUGCAACAAAUAUAUAUUUUACGUAUAAUUGUUAAGUAUGUAAAUAAUAGUAAAAAUAAAUGUUAUUAAAUAGAA